AUGUUGUUCGCACUCGUCUUCAUCUGCACUCGGCUCUGCCAGAUCGUCACGCUGAUCCCCCCCGUGGGCAUGCUCAGCUGGUUCGUCGCCAAGUUCAACGACGCAAACGUCCUCACCCCCGACGCCAUCCUCGUCCUCUUCAUCGUCACCGUCCUGGCCCUCGCGUGGUGCCUCUUCACGCUCGUCGCCUACAGCCGCUCGUCGCACAACGCCCUCUUCGUCAGCUUCGUCGACCUGUGCUUCCUCGGCGCGCUCAUCGCGGGCAUUUAUUUCCUGCGCGCCAUCCAGUGGACCGACUGCUCGGACCCGUCGUCGUCGCGGGAGGUCUGGUACUACAGGAUUCACGAUGUGGGCAUUCCCGGGUUCAGGUGGUCGGUGGACAAGCCGUGCGCCAUGCUCAAGGCGUCGUGGGCGUUUGCCAUUAUGAACACCGUGUUUUUUGCGGUGACGGCGCUGGCGGCGUUUGCGCAUGGCGAUAGCGAUGUGCAUCAUCAUCACAGGGACAAGUAUGUCGUGCGCGAGGUGAGGAGGAGCUCGCAUAGUCAUGGCGGCAGGCACAGUCAUCGCCGGAGCCAUUCCGGGUCGAGGAGCCACCAUUCGGGGUAUGACCGCGGGUAUCACGUAUGA